AAUCACUCAUAUGUGAAUGGCCCCUUAGCAACACAGUAUUGGUGGGACGAGCAUCGGACGAGCACGCGUAAGAUUCUGUCCGAAACGAAGCCUAAGCCCAUAGAAAGACCCCAAGUUAGGGAGCUUGUGUAUGUACGGCAUGCCCUUAGGCGUUCAUUGCGUCGUUUCACAGUGUACCAGGAAUGCUGCAAUAGUGUCUUGUUCCUGGAGUUCAGCUGUUGCUCGCUACACAGCUGCCAUGGGCAACAGUGCUUCGCUCCCGGAAAAGGUCCUUCUUGCAGUUCAACGAAACGAUGUGUACGUAUUUCAGACGCUUGUGAGUGAACAUCGCACUGCUGAUAUGGACAAUCCUGCAGCCCGCGCCCAUGUAUUGGAGCACAGGGACAAGUACGGUCGUACCCCGCUGCUAGUGGCGGCAGCUAAGAACCAUUACCAGAUCCUGCAGCAGCUCAUUUCCCUGGGAGUGGAUGUGCACUACAUCAACCCCGCGCGCGACUCGCCCGGCGGCGCGCUGCACGAGGCUGCUGCUCGGCGGCACGAGGCGGCUGUUGAGCUGCUGCUGGCGGCUGGCGCCAACCCCUUCGCAGGCAGCGCCAGCGGCCGUACUGCGCUGGACGAGGCGGUGCUGAGCGGGCACAUUGGUGUGGUGCGCACCAUUGAGAAGUAUGCAGAGUUCACUGGCGCCGUGUCGUUUAAGACACGUGCCAUGGCGGGACUGAGCUGCAAAUACAAGACCCGCUGGGUGGUACUGAUGCCCUACUUCCCCUUCGCACGCGUUGACGGCGGCACAAGCGCCGGCGGGGGUUCCCAGGCGGGCGCCCCGCCGGCUCUGAAGCCUCGCCGGUGCUUAUGGCUUUACAAGGACCAGGGCAGUGUCAGUCCGCGGUGCCGGCUGUGGGUGGAUGGUGCCACCGUCAUGACCCAUGGACCGGCGGGGACAGAGGGCACGCUGCGCCUGCACACUUCCCACGGCGAGCCUGUCGGCGACUUGGCCACUACCUUCUCCCAUGGGUACUGCAUCUCCCUUCGUCCCGCGGACCUGACUCCUGCAGCAGCUGCCGUCUACCACCAAUUGAUGAGCCUCCUGGGUGCUCUGCGGCCCCCGCAACAGCCGCAAGUACAGCAGCCCGCCACAGCCGCAGCACUAGCAACAGCUGCCUCCCCACUGCCGCAACCAUUGCGGCAUACUCCGGAUGCCUACCCCUCACCGUUCCCGCCGCCGCCUGCGCCGCAAGGCAUGGGCUAUGCGGUUGCACAGCCGCUGUAUCCGUCCAGUGCCGCUGAGUCCAUGUACGGCGCUUCAGGUGGCGGUGCGCCGUAUGAACAUGCGCCGUCGCAGUCGCCACCAUCUCAGAUGACGGCGCCGGUGCCGGCGCCGUACCCAGGGGCUGCAGGGCCCUGCCCCAUGGCUUCACCUGUUAGCCUCCACCAGCAUCAACAACAGGAACAACGCCAAUAUCAGCAGUCGUACCGUCGACGACCUCCGGGGCUGGGAGUGUGUCAUCAGCCCCCGGACCCAGUGUCGCCGCACGCGGCACAGCAGAAACAGGAGGAGCAGCAACAGCUGAUGCGAGUAUCGGAGGGGCGCCGGGCUGCGGAAACGAUGCUCAGCUCGGGUGGGGAGGUUUUCGGGGAAAACACCAUUGAGCGAAUGGCGGCAUUGCCGGGAGAGCCAGACGAGGACUUUGCUGCACGUCUGGCAUCCGCCAUCACCGCGGCCUCCGGGCAGUCCCUGAAGCACCUCUACCCACAACAGGCCCCAAGGCCAGUCGCCUCGCCACACACAGCAGCAGGACUCGCACCAGCCUCCAGUUCCAUGCAUGAAAACCGACUACGACCCAUCCCAGGUACUGCACCGCCAUCCACUGCUGGCACUAUGCCAUACGGACAGAACCCCCUGUACGUCCAAAGCGACCCCGGCGGCGUGAAUCCCUUUUGGGACGACCGUAUACCAGGUGGCCUACCCAUGUGUCACCUGUCGCCCUCUUCCCGACAAAACCAGCUGGAGCAGCUGCAGCGGCAAACUCCCACUGGUCCUCUAGAUGAGCUCGACAUGGACGCAAUCAACGCGCUCAUAGCUGCGGAGGCAGCCGCAGCUCCCUCAACCUUUGAUGGGGGCUCCCACUCGGGUGUUACGGGGGCUGCAUUGCAAAGCCCUGCUCCACCGCUUAAGCAAGAGCUUCCCUCGGCCCCUCCGGCCCCUGCCAGGGAGCAGCAGCGACCGCCGACAGAGCCUGAGAGUGAGACGGAGUGCAUCAUCUGCCUGAGUGCUCCCAAGGAGGUCGGCUUCCUGCAUGGGGACUCGGUUCACCGCUGCGUGUGCAGGGCCUGCUCAGCAAGUGUGCCGGUGGGGUCACCGUGUCCGGUGUGCCGGCAAGCAGUAGAACGGGUAAUUGGGGUAUACUGAGGUAGUCCUGAAUCAGUAUUGGGUGUGCAGUCUCUCCUUUGGUGUGCUCGCGCCGUUGGUAGAUCUUGGGGCAAUUGGGGAAACAUCCAAGGGCAGAAGCUUAAAACAAAAAAAAACUUGACAGUGUCGGUUGAAAGGGUAGUACAGCAGUUUAAAUCAUGCUUUGAGAUGGUCGGCCACCG